UUUUGGUCCGUCGACUAAAACUAGAAUUUCUGAAGUGCAGGAGGGGGAUACGGCUGAUAUUGAUGUUAAGGCAGCUUGUGAUGCCUUCAAAUUAGGCUUGGCGUCGGAUGGAUGCCUCAGCCCGUGGACAUCUAUUAAAUAAAUUGGCUUCUUUAAUUGAGAGGGAUGCUGUUGAGCUAGCUUCUUUGGAGACAUUGGAUAAUGGAAAGCCUUACAAGGACGCCUAUUUAGCUGACCUGCCUCUCUCAAUUGCCGUUUAUCGCUAUUAUGCUGGUUGGGCAGACAAAAACCAUGGAAAGACAAUACCUAUAGGAGGCGAUUAUUUUUGUUAUACACGUCAUGAGCCUGUUGGAGUUGUUGGCCAAAUCAUUCCGUGGAACUUCCCUCUGCUUAUGCAAGCUUGGAAGUUAGCACCAGCCUUGGCAAUGGGCAACACAGUUAUUUUAAAACCAGCUGAACAAACUCCAUUAACGGCUCUGUAUGUUGCCAAUUUGAUUAAAGAGGCUGGUUUCCCUCCAGGAGUCGUUAAUAUAGUGCCUGGUUAUGGACCAACAGCUGGAAAGGCACUUGCUACACAUCCUAAAGUUGAUAAAGUUGCAUUCACUGGCUCAACUGAGGUUGGACUACAAGUCAAGCGUGAAUGUUCUGAAGCAAAUUUGAAACGAAUAACUCUGGAGCUUGGAGGAAAGAGUCCAAAUAUAAUCUUUUCUGAUGCCGACAUGCCUCUUGCGGUGGAACAGGCUGCUUUUGGACUCUUUUUCAAUCAAGGCCAAUGUUGUUGUGCUGGUUCGAGAACUUUUGUGGAAUCUAAAAUUUAUGAUGAAUUUGUGGAACGUUCUAAGAUCCUCGCAGAGAGUCGUAUUUUGGGCAACCCUUUCGACUUAAAUGUCAAUCACGGACCACAAAUCGAUGGUGAUCAAGAAACAAAAAUUCUUCGUCUAAUUGAGCACGGCAAAAAAGAGGGUGCAAAAUUGGUUACUGGAGGAGGAAAAUUUGUUGGAAAACAAGCAAAUAAUGGUUAUUAUGUUCAACCAACAAUAUUUUCUGAUGUUAAAUCUGAAAUGAAAAUUGCCCAAGAAGAGAUUUUUGGUCCAGUUAUGUCAAUCAUUAAAUUUGAUGACCUCAAAGAUUUGGUGGAAAAAGCAAAUGAGACUUGCUAUGGAUUGGCUGCUGGUGUGGUUACUCGAGACAUGGACAAAGCUUUGUAUAUAGCUAACAAUAUCAGAGCUGGAACUGUUUGGGUAAACUGCUACGACGUCUUCGACGCCGCUGCUCCAUUUGGUGGAUAUAAAAUGUCUGGAAUUGGCCGGGAAUUGGGUGAAUAUGGAUUAGAGCCAUAUACAGAAGUAAAGACUGUGACUAUUAAGGUUUCUCAAAAGAAUUCCUGA